CGCAUGCGCGCUCGCGGCCAGAGUACUUGGCGAAACUCCGUCUGGGAAGCGACGGUGGCGGCUACGGACUGUCGCUGUUUACUGGGGUGGCUUUCAGUCUCCUAACGACCGAAAAUCGACGCGAACCGCCAGGAACUCCCGUCGAUUUGAGAAACAAAAGCAUGACGGAGCCGCAGUCGGCGCUCUUACUCAGGAGACAGCUGGCAGAGCUGAAUAAGAACCCAGUAGAGGGCUUCUCUGCAGGCUUGAUAGAUGACAGCGACCUCUAUCGAUGGGAAGUUCUAAUCAUUGGCCCACCCGAUACCCUGUAUGAAGGAGGCGUGUUUAAAGCACACCUUACGUUCCCUAAAGACUAUCCCCUCAGACCGCCCAAAUUGAAAUUCAUCACUGAAAUAUGGCACCCCAACGUUGACAAGAACGGCGAUGUAUGUAUUUCGAUAUUGCAUGAGCCUGGAGAAGACAAAUACGGCUAUGAGAAACCAGAGGAACGCUGGCUCCCUAUCCACACAGUGGAAACCAUCAUGAUUAGCGUCAUAUCCAUGUUAGCAGAUCCCAACGGAGAUUCACCUGCAAACGUAGACGCUGCAAAAGAAUGGCGAGAAGACAGAAAUGGAGAAUUCAAAAGGAAAGUUGCCCGAUGUGUUAGAAAGAGCCAAGAGACUGCUUUUGAGUGACACUCAUCCUGCAGCUUGUAGCAUCAUUGUUUUCAGGGUCUCCGGUUGAGAAUCAUGGCACUGUUUUCCUGCACUCUGCCCACCUUUCGCCAGAGUUGUUCUUAUCGAACAUCGCCAGACUCAUGCUGGCAAAAUAAGCUGCAUCAGAACGAGACGGCUGGUAGUAGCGGUGACACAAGGCCGAGCAAGUGCCAACCCCAAAAAUGUCUUUUCCCUCCUCUGAAGUCUAUGAACUGCUUCAAUUUUCAGGAAGACUUGUAAAGACGUGUACAUAGCACCAACGUUAAACAGAUAAUAUAUAAACUGUUCAUAUUUCAUAUUCACCCGGCAACACACACAAUACCAAAUAAAUAGUGCAUCUUUAGUUGGAACAGGAAUCCUGUUGAUUCUCGAAGAUUCUCAUCCUUAUUUUUUUAUUUUUGUGUGCAUCUCUUCUAUUACAAAUUAUUUUGACGAGACUAGUGAAUAGAUCUUGGUGGGGAGAGUUUUUAGGUUUUUUAAACUUGGCUACUUUGGUCCAGAAAGUUCUGCCUGGGUUUGUGUGGCUAUCCUUGACCCAAAUGAAUAAGGUAUCUUUUGAAAGGUGAAGCAUGUGUCUCAUGAUAGAUUUCCUCUUGCUCUCACUUCUUCGGGAUUUUAGAGUUUAUUAUGUCUUGUAGAAGCACAAGGUACUCAUUCUUUGGAUUGGGGGGGGAGUGUGUUCAUGAAAACAAAGACAGGAUUACAUCUUGUAUGAGUUUUUGUUUAAAGUGAAUUUGUGGAAAUGAAGAUUCUCAUCAGACGUGCAGUAUGUUGCAAGAAUAUUUUUUAAUUUUAAUUUGUCUUUCAAAAGUGCCUCCUGUCAAAUUGCUCAGUAAAUAUAUUUUGCAUUAAACAGAAGUUUAGAAGGUGGAAAGACUGCACCACACUACUCGAGCACCAGUGCCAACCAGGAUAAUGAGGAAGACAAAAAGGUUCAUCUAGCAAUAACCCUUUGUUGCGAUCAGUGCAUUUUGAAAAACUGAAGAUUGGAGCUCUCCUCAUACUUGCCCUCUGAAAAGUUUUUUUUCUUUUGUGGAUUCUUACCUUAAAGUAUACUUUGACUGUAGGUGGUCUUAUAGGCAGUCCUGGGUUUUUCGAAAGAUGUCGGGGAGUGUGUUGGUCUGUUGUACAUGAAAACUUUUUUUUUUUUAAUUUGUUGCCUCAUUUUGUGCUGCCACUGAAGGACUACUGCAAUUUUCCUUGCCUAUUGUACAUAGACAAAAUGCUGAUGUAUAUUUUUCAUGUAAUGGAAACCUUCUGUAGUGAGUUCUUCCAAAAUAUAAUUUUCUUUUCAA